CAGCAAUUUCGCUUCUUUGGAGCCUUUAAGGGCAGUGGAGGCCUGCUGGCGCGCAAUUAGAGUCAGGUGUCGCAGCAUCUCUGUCGGCGUCAUGUCUGCGAGUCAGCCCAUCUCGGUCAAGUUCGAGGGCUCUGAUGACACUCUGACCAUAUCAGAGGCCGUGGCGCAGCAGUACACCUUCUUCCAAGCCGUAAGGAACCGAUCAUGCCAGUGCAUGUAUGGCAGGGUGCAAGAUCUGACUGCUUUCUGUGUGCUGUGUGCUGCAGUUGCUGGACGGCGGUUUCCAGGAGUCGGCCGAGCGCACAGUGACGCUCAAAGAGAUCUCCCGGCCAAUCGCUGGCGUGGUGCUGCAGACGAGGAACGACAUGCUCAAAGAUAUCACCCGAGAGGUGCGCAGGCACUCCGCUGUCGGUCCCUCGUGUGCUCCCCUCUCUCAUUACCCGUUCGUCUGUGUGUGUCUGGUGUGCUGCAGAAUCUGUUGGACUGUGUUGUUGGGCUUGACUUCCUGGAUCCCGUGGCCAAAGACCGACCGAAGCUCAUCGAAGACCUCGGCCGCAAGGUACACCGGGAGGGAGGGAGGGAGGGAGGGAGGGCGGAUGGAUUUGUCAUCAAUCAGAUGUGCAAUGACGUGCUGUGCAAUGUGCCAUGUCAGGUGCUUCGCAAUCGGUGGCACGACGACCAGGACCUCUGCCGGGCGAUGCUCAAAAUGGCAUUCGACAGACCACUCAUCAGGUGCGCAGGGCACCCAACAAGACGAUGGAUGACUCGUGUGUGUGGAUCCUUCGUGCCGUCUUUCCCUCCGUCCAGGUCCUUGAUUAGUGGCCAUUCUGACCUGCGGCUGGCCUGUGCCCCCUUCAUCGUAGAGAACGCCGAACAGGUGGCCGCUCAGUGGGUGACCAACUCCUCUGAUGGUGACGUCAUGCGGGACUUCGUUACCCACUUGCUGCGAGACCUCAAGUGCUUGAUUGAUGAGGGCACCUGUGCGGUGAAGCUCGAGACGCUCAAACGAUUCCUGAUGGACGCCACCGGCUCAGCAAGCUUCAAUGAGGCGGUGAGUCAGUCAAUGAGUGAGCACAAAGGCCAGCCAGCCAGCCCCAUCUGGUUGAGUGUGUGCAGAGCGCUGCCAUCCUCGAGUGUGAGAGGCUGGCAGACGAGGGCAUGAUUGUGAUCAACGAGCCCGGCGGCGCCAUCGCCCGCGACGAUUCUUUCUCCGUUGCGAUCCACGGCGCAAAGCACGGUGCGUUCGGUGGCGAGUGCGACUACUCACUCUCACUAGGGGCGCUUCACCCGAUUCCCAGUGCUGGCGGCAGUGCGGAUAUCCCUCUGAAAGACGUGCGUGCAUUUACGGUGUCGGCCGAGUAUCUCCAUAGCUCCGAUGACCCCCAUAAUGUCUUCUGCUUCUCGCCGCAUGCCAACCUCUCUGUUGACGGCGGGGAUGGCGGCAGCAUCAGCAUACAGGAGACAUACCGCUUCCAAUGCACCGACUCGCACACUGGCGAGCCGCUGCCGGUCUUUUCUAUGGGGCUCCUCGGCAGUGCACCAAGCGCCACACACUCCAUGGGGCUCCUCGGCGCCGGCCUGACCGUGACCAUCCCAUUCAACCGCCACGAGGCCUUCAGCGACAAGGAGACCAAGGUCAAGGACAUCAAGGCCACCGUGACGAUUUGA